AUGCUCAAUAAUAGUCUAAAAUCAAAUAAUACAAUGGUAUAUAUUCAGACUAUUCUUAUGCAAAUAUCGAUACCAUAUAUAAUUAUUGUUUCUUUAAUUGGUAUUGCUGGAAAUGUUAUUACAAUUGUUAUGUUAUCUAAACGAUCUUUAACAAAAAAUUUUAAUAAUUGUACAUUAAUUGCACUUGCAAGUACAGAUCUAUUAUUUAAUUUAGCACUUGUUUCUCGUUGUUUAAGUGAUUUAAUAGAAUUAAAUUCCGAUAUAUUUUGUCGUUUAUUAUCAUUUUUUUCUCAUUUAGCUGAAUUAUUAUCAGCUUGUUUUACAGUUCAUUUUACAAUUCAACGUUUUGUUGCUGUUAAAUUUCCUUUAAGUGUAUUUAUUGAAAGAAAAAAUUAUUUUUUACAUUAUUCUAUUCUAACAUUAUUUAUUUUAUUUGGUAUUGCUUAUUGUUUAUUACUUAUAACAAAAAAUCAAUAUGAAAAUUGUCAAGAAGAAUUACAUUUAAAUUGGUUUCUAUCUGAUGCAUUAUUAUCAUUUGUUAUACCAUUUACAUUAAUUGCUAUAUUAAAUUUAUUAAUUAUAUUUCAUUUAAGAAAAACAUGUCGAAAUAAUCAACAAUUAAUAUUUACAAAACAAUCAAAGAAAAAUUUUUUACCAUUAAAUUCAAAACGAAAAAGUUUAAUUUCAUUUGAUUCAAUUUCACAAGCAAAAUUAUCUGAAACUUCAACCGUAACAAAUAUUAAGGCUUCAAAAUAUCAAUUAUCAGUAAAUGAAGAAACUAAAGAUCAUUUUCUUACUGUUGGUGUUACAACUCAUCGUACCGGUUCAAUACGUUCAACAACACGUUCUCAAGCUCAAUCACAUCGUGUAACACGUAUGCUUAUUUUAGUCUCAACUUGUUUUCUAUUACUUAAUGCUCCUUCACACAUCUGUUCAAUUAGUUUAAAAAUUUAUACAUUAAAAAAAUCUCAAAUCAUUAAUAAUACUGUUCAAAAAUAUCUAAAUUUAAUUAGUAAUUCGAAUGGAACAGUAUCAGCUAUAAUUGAAAAUCCAAAUUUUGUUCAUACAAUAGCAACAAUUAGAAGUGAAAAUCCAUCUAUAAUUAAUUUAAAUUUUUUUCAUAUAUUUUAUACUAUUGUUAUUAUAACACAACAUAUAUCUUAUUUAUCAUAUUCAAUAAAUUUUUUUCUUUAUUCAUUUUGUGGAAUGAAAUUUCGUCAAGAACUUCUUAGAUAUUUAUCACGUUAUGGAAAAUAUCAACGACAAAUACAAACAUCACGUAUUAUAACUAGUUAA